GGGACAAGGAGAGCGAGGUGUCUCUUCACAUGUCGCUGCCUCCACCGACUUGGAAAAUAUUAGCUAGCUCAUGAAAUCAAGUGUCUGUAUUUGUGGGGGGGAUUUGCAAUCCUUGGCUUUAUCUCUGUCGAUAGGGAAUGAACGACGAGACAACACCGGGCAGUUGCAAGAAAAACUCUGGGUGCUCCAGGUAAGCGUGUAGCGAUGACUAGCUAGCAUCUGUAGCUAACUAGGCAGUCCAGCAUCUCACCUAGCUUAGCUAGUCAGUUAGCUAAAUGUCCUCUAAGCACAACUUGUUAGUUAUGUAGCAAAGUAAACCGAUAGAUUAAUUUACCAUUCAAUGUCAGGCAUUUUAAUAAUUGCAUUUUGUAGAAUUCUUUUUCAAUAAACUAGCUGAGUUAGUUAGCUAACUAGCCAGCAGAUCCGACCCGUUUGCUAACAGCUACACUGGGGUCGGACAGCAUUCCUGUGUAUAUUAAGACACUGCGGAGCCGGUGCGACCUCAGAAAACGUACCUCAAUCCAGAGGUGAAAAAUGCAUACUCUGAAUUGUCCCAGUAUCCCAAAAGUUACUCCAAGAAGAUUGAAGGACUGUUAGUUUAAGUAAACAGCCGUUUUCGUCCUCAUGCUAGCUAGCAGUAGCAAUAGCAGCCAUUGUGUUAUGUCGCAUGGGCGUUGAACAACAAAGGAGCUGAUUGGCUGAAGCUGCCAUUCCAAAAUUGCCACUGGUUUCUCCAGAUAAACGAGCAGCUGUUGGCUAACAAACCUCCCAGCUAGCCAACAAGUGUCUCUCUGUCUACCUGCCUGUCAAUCACGUCAUGUCAUAGUUCCUUGGAGAGAGACAUAACAUAUCAUUCCUCUGAACUGCUGAAUGACACAUUUUUAAUCUCGCUCUCUUUUCAUCCUCAGUAUUGAGCAAAUGCUGGCUGUGAACCCCGGCAAGACACCCAUCAGUCUGCUACAGGAGUAUGGAACGCGGCUAGGUAAGGCAGAGAUGAUCUAGGAAUGCUUCCUCUUCUGUCUCAGAGUCUGGGUAAGGUUUCAUUCUGUUCUGUCUUAGCUAGCUACCUUACAACUAUACAGAAUGGACUGGUUUAAACUAUUUAAGAUGCUUAUCUGCUUAUUUAUUAGAAUUAACACACUGCAUCAAUACAGGUACGUGCUGGUCACUAGUCAAAUGUAUAUUUAAUACUGUAGUAGCCAUAGAAUUAGGAAUUUGAAAACUAGAAUGGGGCAGGACCCAUCUUAUGAUGGGAUAAAGGUCAGACAUUUUGGUGAGGGAGUUGGUCAGCCAUGGUUUGCCAGUGCUGUGAUAAGAUAUUGUGUAAAAUAAUGAAUUUGAAGAAUUUAUCUGCACUCUGUUUGUUAGCUAGGCAGCCAGUUUCAGAGGAAUGAUUCCAUAGCUUUUUCAAAUUAACUGCCAAGAUGCCAACAUUCCAUUCAAACGAUGCAGUGAGUCAAUAGGCAUUUUUCACGCCCCCAACAGACAACUUUGUUUGUAGUCUUCCGCGAAAUUCAAACGUUUGAGUUUACCCAAUCACUGCUCAAUUUGCCAAACGUUUGGCAUUAGUGAUGUGGCUAAUAUCGUUCACGAACAUUCCCAGACGAAGAGAUCUAAACUUCAUAAAGGAUACAAGUUCUUCCACGAAGAAUAUCUUCAACUAUCAAGGUAAGUUAGUACUUGAAGUGACCAGUUGAGAUAGCUAGCUAGCUAACGGUAGCUAAGACGUUACCAAAUUGGUUAGUGCUAACCAUUUACAUUUUAGUCAUUUAGCAGACGCUCUUAUCCAGAGCGACUUACAGUUAGUGAGUGCAUACAUUUUUUCAUACUGGCCCCCCGUGGGAAUCGAACCCACAACCCUGGCGUUGCAUGCGCCAUGCUCUACCAACUGAGCUACACGGGGCCGAUUAGCUAACAUUAGUUAGCAAACGUUAUUUACGAUUUGUCUGACUUAGUUAACGUUUAAUAAGUUAGCUAGCUAUUUGGCCAGCCACUAAUCUAUUAUUUGUUUCUUGCUAGCUAGCUGGAGCCAUCUCAGUAACGUUAAGAGUAGCAAUGGUAACUUACUAGCAUACAUCAAUUGAAUGUUGUCACCUAACAUUAUUCUGUCUUGCUAUGUUCUUGUGAAUACGCAGUGUCAAACAUGGCAGACAUGAAGGAGGCAAUGGUAGUAAGGGCAAGGUGUUACAUAGGAAUGAGGAGCCCUAUUCACUGCAGGUUACGAGAUAUAACAGGCAGUGUAGUGCUUAGUGUUGUUGUGGUUGCAGUUUAGCUGUGGUUUUGUUCAUAUGUUCAAAAUAAUCAAACCCUGUUGUAUCUGUUCUCAUGUCCCUGGACAUGCAGUAGGCCUGAAGCUGGAUAACAUUAAAAUGUUGUAGUCAACUUGUAUUACAGUUGGUCAGGUAUGUUUUUAAUGAGAGAAUUGAAGAGAAGGAAUCAUGACCUUGCUGCCACAGAUCUAAAACAUUGUAUGACAACUCUAAUGAUUUCUCCCCCACCUGUUCUUUUAGAUCACAUUAGAAGCGCCCGAGAAGCCUUUCAUCGUAAACGGCUUAUCCUGUUCAGCUGUGAGAGUUUUGUGCAAUCUGAUGGCUCUACUCUUCCAGACUGCACAUUAAACCACAAUGGGGUUGAAGACGUGCCAGCACCAUUGCCUUGCACAGGUAUAUUGCAGUUGUGGCACAGGCCAAGGACUCGGGGGAGUUUUGAAAUUGAGAGAUUGUCAUAGAGAACACACAUUUUGCAUUUUUGUAAACUCAUAUUACUGCACAUCGUUAUACAUUCAUCCUGAAUCUUUUUUAUGGUUUUAUUUUUUAACCAGGGGAUUUGACCAGAGCCCACGGAUUAAAUGGUUCUGAGGAAGCCAAGGACAUCAGGGAGGAGUGGUAAAAAAUCCACUCUUUACCAAGCAUUCCCUGUGAGUUACAAUUGUCUUUAAACAAGUUGGCAUCCCCAGGAUGUUCCCAUUACGCUCACAAGUUGCCUUCACUCGUGUUUAAAUUUAUUGGACUAAAGGUUUACAAUCUUGGCUGACACUCAUCCCUUGUCUAUGCUUCUUUUUAUAUGUGUUUCAGGGCCCCUUCCUGACAUGACGGUGCUGUCUGCUGACCAUAUCCUGGUUCUGCAUGGACUGGAAGAAAUUACUCUGGUUGAAUCUAGAUUUGGUCCAGUUCCCCGCGGGUCAGUGCUGUCAUGUCAGUGUCCCCCAACUGUCACCAGAGAGAUUCUAAAGCAUCCAGAUGCUCCUGCAUUCCCCCAACUCCUGGUAAAAAGAAAGUCAAUUGCAUAGUAAUUUAAACUUUGUCUCUACUUGCGCUCAGUUUUACCACUUGGAGAGCAUAAAGGUGUCACCAGCAUUGUGAUCUGCUAUUGAGAAGGGCACAGUCGAGCAGUCUGCCUGUCCACUAUGGAAGGAAAUGAGGAAACCACGUGUGACUGCUAGCCGGUUUAGGGAGGCAUGCCAUGUAGGUGGGGAGUCAUCUAGCUAGGCCCUAGUCAUGAGAAUGCUUAAAGGUAAACGGCAAACCGAAGCUAUGUGAAGGGGUCUUGCGCUUAAGCUAGAGGUUCUACAGAACUACUCUGAAUGAUUUGACGUCUCAGUCAAACCUUGUGGUUUCGUUGUGCGCCCAGAUGCACCCCAUCUUGUGGCAAGCCUGAUGAGAAAGUGUAUGACCCUUCUGCUGCGCCACCCUUCAGGCUAGCCGAGAUCAAGUGCCCUGAUGUUGAGUGUAACUGAUGUGAAGCACAUUUUAAAUUUGUCAAUGGCCAGGCCAAGCUCCAAAACAGCCACAUAUCACUAGCAAGUCCAGGGCCAACGGGCUGUAAUGGGUUUAGAUUUGUGCGACCUUACAGUAGAGGGCGUUUGGAGAGAUGAUGCUUUGAUAGCAGAGAUGAGACCUCUUCUACACCUACAGGGAUGUGUAGACAACUAAUCAAAAUAGUAUGUAGAGGAAUUCAUUUUAAUGAAUGAAUUGUGUGAUCUUUGUCUAUCCCUUGUGGCUCAGUUGGUAGAGCAUGGCACUUGCAACGCCAGGGUUGUGGUUUCGAUUCCCACAGGGAACCAGUAUGUAAAAGUAUCAAUGUAUGCACUCACUACUGUAUGUCGCUCUGGAUAAGAGUCUGCUAAAUGACUAAAUGUAAUUAACAUUGAAAUAGAGUAAAUUAUUCUACUGAUUUUGAAUUGUGUGAUUUAUUUUAUGACUUAACAUGUCACAGAAUAAAUAUUCAAAUGUAUUUAUUGAAUAAAAUCUUCCAACAACAAAAAAUCAUGUUCUCUCUUUAACAGAUGCAUUAUGCAAACACUACAUUCCAAAACACCAUCUUAUUCAUUAAAACCUAUUUAUCAGUACAUAUUCAAUAUAAAUAUUAUCCCAAAUUCAUAUCUUGUCUGAACAGAUCAAUUUAUAAUAAUCACAAAAAACAGAUGUACACAGGUAUAAAGCUGUUAUAUAUCAUGACCUAAUUAAUUGAACUAAACUCAUUAUUUUGUGGUGUCUAGACUGCCAUGCUUGAGCAUGUUUUCACACUGGCUGAUCACCCUUGAGAUCCAGAGGUCCCUGGUAGUUCACCAAUAAGCAGCAGUUCGUCCACAGUUGAUUGACAGCCUGCCAGCGUGAGUGGGAUAAUCUUGUCCCAGAUAUGGUACUCUCCUCUAGCAUACUCAGACGUGCAAUGGCUUGCAUUCGCUCGUGUCCUUCCAUGUUAGCUGAGUUGCUCUAUUAAAUUGGGGCGGCAGGUAGCUUAGUGGUUAAGAGCGUUGUGCCAGUAACCGAAAGGUCGCUGGUUCUAAUCCCCGAGCCAACUAGGUGAAAAAUCUGUCGAUGUGCCCUUGAGCAAGGCACUUAACCCUAAUUGCUCAUGUAAGUCGCUCUGGAUAAGAGCGUCUGCUAAAUGACUAAAAUGUAAAUGUAAAAAAAAAAAUAGAAAGAAAUAUAUAAAAAAUUGUAAAGUGGUUGUCCCACUGGCUAUCAUAAGGUGAAUGCACCAAUUUGUAAGUCGCUCUGGGUAAGAGAGUCUGCUAAAUGACAAAUGUAAUGUAAAUGAAUGGGGGAAUGAUGAGCGUUGCCCCUAAUCUGACAGCAGCCUCUCUAUGAUGAACCCCAUGUCUGCCAAGCAUCCAUCACCAGGCUUGAGGAUUCCAGAGAGACUCGUGAUCUCCUGAUCAGAGAUGGACCCAGUGAAAAGUUUGGAUACAAAGGUGAUGCCUCACCAAGGUGCAAUCCCAAUCAGGCACAGCUCUGUGCAGUCCAGGAUAACUCGUACCUCUGGACAGUACACCUGGAACUGCUCCCUGGACAUCCAAAAGGGCACAGAGCCCAAGACAAGAUAUGGGUAGUUGGUCCAGGUUGUUAAAAUGCGUCUCACUGUAGGGACACUCACGCCAAAGAUGUCCGCCAACACCUUCUCCUUCAGCCCAGCUGCUACUCGACAGCAGUAAAGAAAGAACUCCUCAAUGAGUGGCAGCUUCCUGUUGGGGCUUGUUGUUGCACUUCCCAUUCCAGCCUUCUGGGCCUUGGACCAGCAGAUUAACCUGGAGGCAGAGGGGGACAAUGGACUCCCAGAACACCAUGAAGAUCUUCGAGUGGAACCGGCUAUAGAACCUGAAGUCCUCAUUGGAUGCACAGAAUCUUUGGAGCUGGAGGUGAACACAGAGCUGUUGGACUUGUAGCUCUUGUUCCUUGAUUCCAUCCAGUGCAGCAUCCAACACAACUAUAGAAAAGAAAGGGGUCAUUUAUAUUGCAAAAAUAUAAGUGCAACAAUUUCAAAGAUUUUACUGAGUUACAGUUCAUAUAAGGAACUAAUAUGGAUGUGGAGGUCCUGGGCUGGCGUGGUUACACGUGGACUGCGGUUGUGAGGCCGGUUGGACGUACUGCCAAAUUCUCUAAAACAAUGUUGGCGGCGGCUUAUGGUAGAGAAAUUAAUAUUAAAUUAUCUGGCAACAGCUCUUGUGGACAUUCCUGCAGUCAGCAUGCCAAUUGCACGCUCCCUCAACUUGGGACAUCUUUGGCAUUGUGUUGUGUGACACAACUGCACAUAUUUUAGAGGCCUUUUGUCCCCAGCACAAGGUGCACCUGUGUAAUGACCAUGCUGUUUAAUCAGCUUCUUGAUAUGCCACACCUGUCAGGUUGAUUGAAUUAUAUUGACAAAGGAGAAAUGCUCACUGACAGGGAUGUAAACAAAUUUGUGCACAACAUUUUGAGAGCGAUUAGCUUUUUUUGUGCGUCUGGAAAAUUUCUGGGAUCUUUUAUUUCAGCUCAUGAGACCAAAUACUUCACAUGUUGCGUUUUUUUAAAAAUAUUUUUGUUCAGUAUACUAUUAUUCAGUUUGUCAGUAUCAUGACACCGUAAACCAACUCUGACUUAGUCUAGGUCUCAGGACAUACUCAAUAAUCCAUCAAGUAUGUUAUGGUAGUGCUAUUUGGUUUAAGAAAGGUUGGUUGAAGGAUCUAAGAGGGGCUUAAGUUGGCGAGCAGAGUGGGAGAAGAGACAUGCAACCUGGCUAGCCAGUUAGUAGCUUUCCUACUAUUCCAAAAGCUUCAUGCAGCUAAUGCAAUACCUGAACAAUAGCAACUGUUUACAGAACUACAAACGCUGAGCUACAACACAUCAACCAUCUGGAAAACCUGAGUACGUGUUACUCACCAGGGAGAGGAGGACAGGCAGAGUCAUGGGCCACUGCAGUCAGUGUAGAGGCACCAACACUAGCUGAGACCUCCACCUCCUGUUUCCGGACGUUGGUUCCCAGUCACGCACUUGCUCUAUCAAAGGGAGAGACCCAAGAUCUGUAGGAUCUUCCCCCCCAGUUGUUCCAGGAGAACCGACAGGGAACGGUCCCCGUCUUUAAUGCGAGCACGGCCUUUUGGCGUUAAGUAGAUGUUGGCCGGGUUAAAAUGCAGGCUAUGGACGAAGGUGCUCCAAACACAUAAAAUAGUGAAGUCUGGGCCCUCAUCUCUUCUAAUUGCGCUCACCCAGCUGUCACUUGGUCACAUCCUUUGGGAAGUUGUGAAAGCUGAGGUAUGGGUGUGUUUUUUUUGUUUUGUUUGUUGGAACAAAAAGGGACACUACAGUAGCACCAGCGAGAGGAUUGUGCCGCCAUUAUGCUAGCUUGCUAACUCUGCGCUGUUGCUAGUGACUGGAGCGUAAACCACAACAUUCUAUUCAAACGAUGCAGUCAAUCCAUAGCCAUUCGCUGGCUGAAAUCAUUUGCAGAUAGGACAGACAAGUUGUAAAUGCAACAGGCAUUGAUAUUGUAUCAUAUAAUAGCACUCACAGCUUUCCAAGAAAACAAAAAAUGUAGACAUUUAUGGUCUGUUUUCAUUUAUUUGAGGCUAUUUAUACAGAAAUGGUAUAAAAACCUGUAUAAACUGUAUUUCAGAAAGUAUUCAUACCCCUUGACAUAUUCCACAUUUUGUUACAGCCUGAAUUCAAAAUGUGUCUGCCAAUAUGUCUGCCAUUUUCACCCCAUUCUGGAACUUUGAGGGUUUCACAUAGCCCCUCCUAGUAAUUUCAAUAUGAUCUCUAUGGUAGGAUCAAGUGUUACACUCAAUAGUGUCCGUGCUGCAACACUACCAAUCCUAUUGUUCCAGGUAACACCCCAGUGUACGACCUGCUCAAGGCCGAGGGCCAGGCGCACCAACCCAACUUUACUUUCCGCGUGUCCGUGGGAGAGAUCAGCUGCACCGGCCAGGGGCCCAGCAAAAAGGCUGCCAAACACAAGGCAGCAGAGGCUGCCCUGAAGAUGAUGAAACCAGGACUAGGGGGGCCAGUGGUGCUGGGAGAAGGAUUUACUGGGGUGGAAGAGCCUGUGGAUGGGGACAGGUGAGUGGAUUGAGAGAGUGGCUUCUACAAGUUUGAAUCCAGAGAAAAUGAGUAGUUGAGUGCAGCGGUACUUGGCCCGAAUGGCUUCUUCUGUGGUGAGAGUAAUGUAGAGAGGGUAUCUAUUGGACGCCAGUACGCAAAAACACUGUAGACAAGUGCCUCCUUUUUUGGUAAAGUUGCAAAAACCUCCUUGCCAACCAUCUUAUAAUUGUGAUAGACUGUGUGCUCUUGGUCAGUCUGUGGUGUAAAUAAGGUCUUUCCCACUGCUGUUUUCCUCCCCAGCUCUCCGUCAGAGAUGAAGACUUCAGGAAGCAGCACGUCUCAGCAGUCAGAAUGCAACCCUGUGGGAGCUCUGCAGGUGAGAUGCGUCCUGGGACUCUGAGUUAAUUCACGGACUGACUCAGUCCUCUCAGAGAACUACAUUUUGAACCCCUUUCAACUCGAUAAGCUUUAUUGCUGUUAAUGUGUGUACAUAUGUAUACAGUGCAUUCGGGAAGUAUUCAGACCCCUUGACUUUUUCCACAUUGUUAAGUUUGUCUUAUUCUAAAAUGGAUGGGAAAUAAAUAUUCAUUAAUCUACACACAAUACCCCGUAAUGACAAAGCGAAAACAGGUUAUUUGAAAUUUUUGCAAUGUAUUUAAAAUAAAAUAAACAGACCUAAUUUAAAUAAGUAUUCAGACCCUUUGCUAUGAGACUCAAAAUUGAGCUCAGGUGCAUCCUGUUUCAUUGAUCAUCCUUGAUAUUUCUACAACUUAAUUGGAGUCCACCUGUGGUAAAUUCAAUUUAUUGGACAUGAUUUGGAAAGGCACACACCUGUCUAUAUAAGGUCCCACAGUUGACAGUGCAUGUCAGAGCAAAAACCAAGCCAUGAGGUCGAAGGAAUUGUCUGUAGAGCUCCGAGACAGGAUUGUGUCGAGGCACAGAUCUGGGGAAGGGUACCAAAAAAUGUCUGCUGCAUUGAAGGUCCCCAAGAACAGUGGCCUCAAUCAUUCUUAAAUGGAAGAAGUUUGGAAUCACCAAGACUCUUCCUAGAGCUGGCCGCCCGGCCAAACUGAGCAAUCGGAGGAGAAGUGCCUUGGUCAGGGAGGUGACCAAGAACCUGAUUUUGCCAAAAGUUUGCCAAAAGGCACCUAAAGGACUCUCAGACCAUGAGAAACAAGAUUCUCUGGCCUGAUGAAACCAAGAUUGAACUCUUUGGCCUGAAUGCCAAGCGUCACGUCUGGAGGAAACCUGACACCAUCCCUACGGUGAAGCAUGCUGGUGGCAGCAUCAUGCUGUGGGGAUGUUUUUCAGUGGCAGGGACUAGGAGACUAGUCAGGAUUGAGGGAAAGAUGAACGGAGCAAAGUACAGAGAUCCUUGAUGAAAGCCUGCUCCAGAGUGCUCAGGACCUCAGACUGGGGUGAAGGUUCCCCUUCCAACAGGACAACGACCGUAAGCACACAGCCAAGACAAUGCAGGAGUGGUUUCAGGGCAAGUCUCUGAAUGUCCUUGAGUGGCCCAGCCAGAGCCCAGACUUGAACCCGACUGGAGAGACCUGAAAAUAGCUGUGCAGCUACGCUCCCCAAAUACAGGUGUGCCAAGCUUGUAGUGUCAUACCCAAGAAGACUCGAUGCUAUAAUCGCUGCCAAAGGUGCUUCAACAAAGUACUAAGUAAAGGGUCUGAAUACUUAUGUAAAUGUAAUAUUUCAGUUUAUUGUUUUUAUAAGUGUACAAAAAAUUCAGAAACCUGUUUUGACUUUGUCAUUAUGGGCUAUUGUGUGUAGAUUGAGGGGGGGGGGAAACUAUUUAAUCAAUUUUAGAAUAAGGCUGUAACGUAACAAAAUGUGGAAAAAGUCAAGGGUUCUGAGUACUUUCCGAAUGCACUGUACGUAUAGAUCAGGGCUUUCCAAACCUGUUCCUGGAGAGCCACCCUCCUGUAGGUUUACGCUCCAACCCUGUUCCUGGAGAGCCACCCUCCUGUAGGUUUACGCUCCAACCCUGUUCCUGGAGAGCCACACUCCUGUAGGUUUACGCUCCAACCCUGUUCCUGGAGAGCCACCCUCCUGUAGGUUUACGCUCCAACCCUGUUCCUGGAGAGCCACCCUCCUGUAGGUUUACGCUCCAACCCUGUUCCUGGAGAGCCACCCUCCUGUAGGUUUACGCUCCAACCCUGUUCCUGGAGAGCCACCCUCCUGUAGGUUUACGCUCCAACCCUGUUCCUGGAGAGCCACCCUCCUGUAGGUUUACGCUCCAACCCUGUUCCUGGAGAGCCACCCUCCUGUAGGUUUACGCUCCAACCCUGUUCCUGGAGAGCCACCCUCCUGUAGGUUUACGCUCCAACCCUGUUCCUGGAGAGCCACCCUCCUGUAGGUUUACGCUCCAACCCUGUUCCUGGAGAGCCACCCUCCUGUAGGUUUACCCUCCAACCCUGUUCCUGGAGAGCCACCCUCCUGUAGGUUUACGCUCCAACCCUGUUUCUGGAGAGCGUUCUUGGUUUGGAGCGUAAACCUACAGGAGGGUAGCUCUCCAGGAACAGGGUUGGAGAGCCCUGCUAUAGAUGUAUUGUAUACUGUGUCAGUCAGUCUCCGAACCGCUUUUCCCAAACCCUCCUGCUUUACACAGGAUAAUGGCGUUAAUUGUGAAGCAAAAUGAAAGGUAAAUGAAUCUCCCACUUUAUGGAUACAUGACUUUGUGUGUUUCACUGAAAGGAGCUGGUUGUUCAGAAAGGCUGGCGUCUGCCAGAGUACACCGUGACCCAGGAGUCAGGCCCUGCACACCGCAAGGAGUUCACCAUGACCUGCCGGGUCGAGAGAUUCGUUGAAAUUGGUAAAUCUAACUUGGGUUCCGCCCUUUCAAUAGGUCAUGUAUUUGUUUAUACGUUACACAUUUGGUAUAUCGUAUGUCCUUGAGUAGCAACAUGAUUCAAUUGGUGAACUAAUCAUCAACUAACAAUAAGUGGAAUCAGGUGUACUAGUUCUGGAAUAGAUCAAAUCCAUGGAACGGCUGGGGGUACUUGAGAGGUUUGGGAAACUGUUAUAUGAAACGAUUCUGUGUCUUCGCACUAACAUCCAUCCUAUCGCUCCCACAGGCAGUGGCACAUCGAAGAAGCUAGCCAAACGGAACGCGGCAGCUAAGAUGUUGUCCAGGAUCCAUGAUGUUCCUGUGGACCUGAGGAGCAGCCAUGAGACUGAGGCUGAGGACGACACCUUUAACAUGGUGAGACAGAGCAUGGUGCCUGUUGAUGGCCUUUCUAAGACAAUAUCGCUGCUGUGCUCGCUUCCUGACAGGUCAUCAUUGCAAAUAAGUGUCUGUUAUUAAGACUUUCCUGUAAUAAAUAAAUAAAUCAAAAUUUUAUUGGUCGCAUACACGUUUAGCAGACGUUAUUGCGGGUGUAGCGAAGUGCAUGUGAGCGUAUGAUGCUGGCGCGUCUGACUCGUGGUACCUUUGUCUCCUCUGGUGGGCAGAACAUGGGCAGCAGGGCGGAGGCAGGGAAGUGUAAAGGUCUGGGCUGUACCUGGGACUCUCUGAGGAACUCUGCUGGGGAGAAGAUGCUACAGCUGAGAAGCCACCCGCUGGGCAUGCCUAGCUCUAACUUCUGCUCUCUGCUCCACGACCUUUCAGAGGAGCAGCGCUUCGACGUCAGCUACCUCGACAUAGGUAAAUAAUAUCCCCCCCAACCCCCCCCGGGGCCAAUUCACAUAGAUUCCUGUUUUCAAAAACUAUCUCUGCGGUAGGAGUGCUUAUCUACGAUCACAUCCCAGUCCAUAUAAUAUUUUUCAUUGUGAUCAAAAAUGCUAUUGGGCUCCCGAAAGGACUGAUCUCUAUAAUAUAUAAACAACUUCUGGAAAGUUAAUUCUGAGCUAGCCAGUUAAAAAUGUAUGGUCCGCAGAACUAAUUGAAUCUGAACAACCCUUUAACUGGAACAGAAUAUAUAAAAAUAUGACCUUGGCACCCCAUAAUCCGAACCAUCAAUUUAUACAUUUUACGUUUUUUUGUUCAGACUGUAUUUAACACCAAGGAAACGUUUUACGUUGAAAUUGGCCCCAACUCCCAACUGUUCACUAAGUCCCCUAAAUCAGGAAGGCACAUUCCUUCAUAUGAUGUGGGAGUGACCUGCAGUUAAAUGCUUCUGGGGUAAAGUUGCAUGUAAAUAUUAAAUGCUUUUCAUCUAUUAUGUUACUUAACUAUGAUAGCGCCUUGAAUCUCUGAGACGAUUACUCUUAGAUGGCAAUCACCUCACACUCGCAAUUCGCUAGUGGAUACACUUACUAUUAGAAGUUAUAACAUUAGAAUGAUCGACAGCGAGAAUGAAUGGUGCUAGUCAAGAACAAUUGAGGCCUGGAAAAAAUAUACUUGACCCUGUAAAGAGUAAUCUCGGCUAAAGCCCCACACAUACAAAUAAACAAUCCAUAAAGCCCAACAAAUACAAAAUAGUCCCACAGGGAAGGGGUGGUAUGGGGGACGGUUUUAUCUGGUUGCCGGGAGAGGUCUGGGGUGUAACUGACGAGCUACCCUAGUUGCUAGGGGUGGUGGGAAGGGUGGAAACAUGGUUUCUGGGUAAUGGGAUAAGAGGUUGGGGGUGGAAACAUGGUUUCUGGGAAUGGGAGAAGAGGUUGGGGGUGGAGGUUCACUUUGUUUUAUUCUUGUUUAUACUGAAUGUAUUAUUACCUAAACAGUAAGAAAUACUUCGUUUUUCUUUUGAGUGGCAGCAACAUGGUAGGUACAUGUUUUACCGUAUUGAAAUGGAUAAUGGGAUGGGUGGCCCUCUGUAGCUCAGCUGGUAGAGCACGGCGCUUGUAACGCCAAGGUAGUGGGUUCGAUCCCCGGGACCACCCGUACACACAUGUAUGCACGCAUGACUGUAAGUCGCUUUGGAUAAAAGCGUCUGCUAAAUGGCAUAUAUAGAUAUAGAUAUAGAUAUAUAGAUAUCGAUAGAUAUAGAUAUAUAUAAAUAGAUAUAGAUAGAUUCUCCCGAGUGGCGCAGUGGUCUAAGGCACUGCGUCGCAGUGCUAGCUGUGCCACUAGAGAUCCUGGUUCGAAUCCAGGCUGUGUCGUAGCCAACCACGACCGGGAGACGCAUGGGGCGGCGCACAAUUGGCCCAGCGUCGUCCAGGGUAAGGGAGGGAAUGGUUGGCAGGGAUGUCGCUCAGUUGGUAGAGCAUGGCGUUUGCAACGCCAGGGUUGUGGGUUCGGUUCCCAUGGGGGGCCAGUAUAAAAAAAAAAAUGAUGUAUGCACUCACUAACUGUAAGUCGCUCUGGAUAAGAGCGUCUGCUAAAUGACUAAAAUGUAAAUGUAAAUGUAGAUAUAUAUAUAUAUAUAUAUAUAUAUAUAUAUAUAUAUAUAUAUAUAAAUAAUGUACCUGUAACACCCCCCACCCCAACAAAAAAUGACAAAACAUGGUAAAAUAAUACAAUGCUAAACUGAUCCUAAACCAGCACUCUUUGUGAAUACGUGACCAGGCUGUGAUCAGAGUUCUUUAGUAUAUGAACCUAAUGUGGGUUUCCUUGUUGUUCCAGAGGAGCGCAGUCUGAGCGGUCUGUGCCAGUGUCUGGUAGAGCUAUCCACUCAGCCAAUCACAGUGUGCCACGGCUUCGCACCCAAUCAGGACGCUGCCCGCGCCAGCGCAGCCCACAAUGCACUGCAGUACCUCAAAAUCAUGGCUGGGGGGAAGUGACCGUCUCCCAGACUGACCUCACUCUCCAUGUCAACGACCUUAGACCCUGAUCAUAUGACAUCCACCACGGAGGGUGGAAGCAUCUUCCAACCAAUGGUGGUCAAGGGAAGUGACCAUUGAUUGACCCAGAAUUACCCAUGGGAAUUGGAAUUUGUCCCCCUACAGCCCACACACAUCCCCGGAGUCCUCCUAUCUGUGGGUUUGUUAAUUCCUUAAUGCCCCUGAAGAUAUGGGAUAGCCCUAGAUAAUUUGUCCCUAUGCCCUGAAGAUAUCCCACACAGCCCUUAAUGCCCUCUUGAUUGGCUACACUGGCCAUUUAUUUGCCUAGAGAUAAACUCUGUAGGGAAAGAGAAAUACAUUUUAAAAGAACCCCAAUUUUACUGUAGCCUCAAUGACCCUUUUUUAGUUGCCUUUUCAUUAGCUAGUACUUUCAUCAACUAAACCCCCCCCCCCCCCCUUCCCCCUCCUCGUCACUUCACCUGGAUAACGAUUGAGGAAAUGGUCUUGGCCCGAAUGAAGUCUAAUUUUGGACAUUGAAAAGUGGACAUUUACGACGUGAAUACUUUAAAAUUGGAGCCUUGUGUACUUUUAUUGCCAAGACGACAAGACUCACCCCACCUGUUUUACAUGCCUUUUUGUUAGUUGGAUGAUACGGAAGUGUGUAGUAAUUGGCCUUUUAGAAGAGUAUUCUGAUAACGUGGACACUUUUAAUUGUGAUUGCUUAACAUCUGAAGUGCAAAAUGUUAUUUUAUGAGUAUUGGAAUUACAUUUUAAACAUUGGGAAAUUACCAUUGAGUUUGUUAAUUGUCAGACCUCACAUGACAUUGUGAAUAAAAUUGGUAAUUUUAGGAUGUCCGAAGUUUUAAUAGCUGUUGAAGCAAUGUUAUCUUAUGUUUGAGUAGCUGGUUGCUCUCAGAAACCAUGUCAAUGGCCCCUCAUUGAAUUGAAAUUGAUAAUAUUACUAACCUCAACCGUGGUUGUGUUCAUAAUAUCAUGUCUGAAAUGGACCAUCUAAUUAGCCUGGGUGCCAGUCUGUUGUUCAUGGUCUCUUGCCAACUCCUUAUGGAAUUGCCAUGUCAAACAAUGGAGUAUGCAAAAGCACAAACAUCUGAGACCAGG